UCUGGGCAAUGUACAAGGAGCUGUCAGAUCAGCCAAUGAAGAUGGACACGUUGCCCUCGUGGAUCAAGGAGACCGAACCCAUGAGGGUGUUGGGGUGCUAUAGAGGUCUAGGAGAUUAAUGUGACACUAAUAGGGUGGGCUUGGUUGAUCUGGGCAAUGUACGAGGAGCUGCCAGAUCGGCCAAUGAAGAUGGACACAUUGCCGUCAAAGGAGGUCGUAGAGGUCUAGGAGAUGGAUGUGACACUAGCAUGGGGGGAUUGGUUGAUCCGAGCAAUGCACGAGGAAUUGUCAGAUCGGCUAAUGAAGAUGGACACGUUGUCCUCAUGGAUCGAGGAGACUGGUCCCACGAGGGUGUUGGGGUGGUGGUAUAGAGGUCUAAGAGAUGGAUGUGACGCUAAUAGGGUGGGCUUGGUUAAUCCGGGCAAUGUACAAGGAGCCGUCAGAUCGGCCAAUGAAGAUGGACACAUUGACGUCAAAGGAGGUUAUAGAGGUCUAGGAGAUGGAUGUGACACUAAUAGGUGGGCUUGGUUUAUUUGGGCAAUGUACAAUGAGUUGUCGGCCAAUGAGGAGGUCUGUUGUCAAAGGAGGUCGGAGAGGCCUAGGAGAUGGAUGUGACACUAAUAGGGUGGGCUUGGUUGAUCCGAGCAAUGUACGAGGAGCUGUCAGAUGGUCAGCCAAUGAAGAUGGACACGUUGCCGUCAAAGGAGCCGCAAGCGAGGUAGAGGUCGAGGUUGUGUGAAGCCAAGGAGAUGGAAUUGAUGGAGGAUUCGGGGACGGUGAAGACAUGGGCCUAGCACUAGUUGUUGGAGUUGGAUUCUUCCUUCUAAAGCAUAAUGUGAAGAUGGACUUGAACAUGGAUCGACCCAAGAAACUAGCCAGAUUGAGCCCUGGUGGUCCGCUAAGGUGGCCAGAACUGUUGUGGGUGCUACAAAAACUUUAAGCUCUCAUAGUAAUAUACGAUAAAAGCGAGGAGCUAGGAUCAGAUAACGCAGAUAAAUCAAGUCCCAAAACCAAUUCCAAUCAAAAUUCUCAUCUUGCAAAUCUUCAAAAAUUAGUAUGAGAAAAACACGCAAGAAACUCAAAUCAAUCAUUUUUAUCAGGAAAAAAAAAACUAAUUUCUCAUCAUAAAUCUAAUUACUCUCCGUAUAUAAAGAGAAUAAGGUUACCUGCUAGCGCAAGGGGCUAAGUAAGCUCACAUGUUUUGUUAGGAUUAUAAGACUCACGUGUAAACAUGGAGGAAGCGGAUUGCAUGAUGUUGACGUCACCAAUUUCUAUGACCCCACCAUUACGUAUGUGUUAUGUCCAAACCGUCUGUCCAUUUGAUGAGAUUGUUCUAAGAAUUGAGUCAAAAAAUGAAAUAGAUCCGAAGCCUAAGUGGACCACACCAUAGAAAGCAGUGGGGAUUUAACGUGUACAAUUGAAAACUUCUCCGUGCUCUAUGGGCCCCACCAUGAUGUAUGUGUUUCAUCCAUGUCGUCCAUCUAUUUUUCUAGAUAAUUUUAUGGUAUGAACCCAAAAAUGAGGUACAUCCAAAUCUCAAGUGGACUACAUUAAAGUAAAUAGCAGUGAUUGAACGUCAACCAUUAAAAAAAUUUUGGGGCCAUAAAAGUUUUGGAUCAAGCUGAUCUUUGUUUUUUUCCCUUCAUCCAGGUCAGUAUGACCUAAUCAACAGAUUGGAUGUCAAAUAAACAGUACAGUGGGCCUUAGGAGGAUUUUAAUGGUGGAUAUCUAAUCAUUAUUGUUUUCCUGUGGUGUGGUCUAGUUGAAUCUGGAGCAUAAGCUUGCCACAAACUCGAGCCUCCAUUUUCCUGCAUCUUACUGUUACCUGCCCGUUUCAAGUAUUUGAAUAUUAACAUAAAUACCCUUCCCUUAUUCUCCUUUCAUGUGCAGACUCUCCACACCUCCAUCCAAUGGGAUCGAAACUCAAGUCCGUUGUUUACAAUCAAAAUCUGAAGAUAACCCAAUUCGCUAAAUCUAGCAGAAUCGAAGAAUCCGUUAGAAUAUUUGAAAACAUGAAGAGCCGGAACACAGUCACUUACAAUUCGAUGAUCUCAGACUACUCGAAGAAUGGCAGAAUCGAUGAUGCGAGGCGCCUAUUUGAUCAAAUGCCGUUCAAGAACUUGGUUUCCUGGAAUUCCACGAUCGUUGGGUACUCUCACAACGACCAUGUUCGUAAAGUUGCCCAGUUGUUCGAAGAAAUGCCUAAUAGAGACAUCUUUUCUUGGACUCUAAUGAUAACUUGCUACACCCACAAUGGGGAGCUUGAAAAGGCGAGGCAUCUCUUCGAUUGGAUGCCGGAUAAGAAAGACUUAGCCUGUUGGAAAUCGAUGAUCACAGGGUACGCAAAGAACGGGCAGUUUGAUGCCGCGAGUAAACGAUUGGAUGAGAUGCCGACCAAGGACUUGGUUUCAUGGAAUUCAAUGUUAGCAAGGUACACCUAUAAUGAAGAGAUGAAUUUGGGUUCAAAAUUUUUUAAUGAGAUGCCAGUCAAAGAUGUGGUUUCUUGGAAUUUGAUGAUUGAUGGGUUUGUCCAGAUUGACGAUUUGGAUUAAGCUUUCUAGUUUUUUUAGAGAAUUCCUUGUGCUAAUGUUGUUUCAUGGGUGACAUUGUUGAGUGCAUACACAAGGAAUGGUCAGAUUACCAAAGCAAGAGGACUCUUCGAUCAAAUGCCAGAGAGAAAUGUGGUCGCUUGGAACGCCAUUAUAACAGGUUAUGUGCAAAUUGGAGAAGUAGAAGAGGGUUAUUGGGUUUUCUCCGAAAUGCCGGAACGAAAUUCUGUCUCAUGAACGACAAUGAUUAACGGGUAUGUUCGUGUUGGGAAGCUUGAUAAGGCGAGAGAAUUGCUUGAGAGGAUGCCUUAUAAAAACGUGGCAGCCCAAACUGCCAUGAUUUCAGGGUAUGUUCAAAGCAUGAGGAUGGAUGAUGGUCGACAAAUUUUUGAGAAAAUUGAGGUGUCAGGAUUGUGUCUUGGAAUUCUAUGAUUGCGGGUUACGCCCAGUGUGGAAGAAUGGAUGAAGCAAUGAGAUUGUUUGAGUGGAUGCCAAAGAAGGACGUUAUUUCAUGGAACACUUUAAUUGUCGGUUUUGCGCAAGAAGGAAACAUGGAUAGAGCACUUAGAAUUUUCGAAGAGAUGGGCGCACAGAACACAGUUUCUUGGAAUUCUCUUGUUUCAAGCUACACACAAAAUGAGGUUUAUGUCGAUGCACUCAGGUACUUUCUAUUGAUGAGGAGAGAAGGUCUGAAACCAGAUUAAUCGACAUAUGCAUGUGGUGUCAGUGCUUGUGCCAACCUUGCUGCUCUACAGGUAACCACCUUCAAGCUGGAAAAUGAACAACAGAUACUGCAUAAGGUUCUGCUUACCAAAUAAAUGGAGGGAAGUAAAAACAAGUUCAUGUUGGUUGAGUAUCUCUGCCAACACUAAUUGGAUACAACGGCACAAGCACAAAAAGUGUGGACUAGAAACAAAAUAAAUAUAGCUCCAAAGACGCAACUUGCAAUUAAUUGAAAUCAUUAGAGUAAAUACGCUUCAAAUGCAAGAGAAACACCUGAGACUUCAGUAUGAGGUCAUGGACCAUGAGACUGCUUCUAUAAGGAUUCAAAGUCUUUGGGAACUCAUCUAAGCCUAUUUGUGGGGUUGUCGUUGCAGUCUUAAUACAUGCAAAAUUAGGUUGGAUUUAAUUUGCAUGUGCCUUUGACCAUGUCACCAGUGUAUGACGUGAAUGUUUCUCUUGACAGCAUUGCCAAAUAACAUGCACUGUUAUAUGGUUAACCACGACCCAUCUUUACCCUUUUUUAUUUUGAGAAGCAACAGUUUAUCAAGGAACUAAAAAAAUCAUCCUCAAUUAUUGACCAUCAAAUGGAAACUUUUUGACUUAGAAUACACGGGCAACGAGUUGAGAGCAACAACACCUGUUUUACAUUACAGAUUAUUUCCAUUCCUGCAUAUAGUUAUGUAUUUUGUGCACUUGUUGGCCUAUGUAUAUGUUUGUAAAUAAUAGAAGAGGAAACGGGUUUUUGAUGUUGACUACAGGUAAACUGUGUACCCAGAUUGGGAGUGAUUAAUUGCCACCCCUAAUUAGGAGUGAUUUAUCCAUAAGGUAA